AUGAGGAUGAGUCCAGACACAGACCAGUCCAUCAGGUGCACCGUGUCCAGCUGCAGCUGUGUGCGUUUCAAACCAGGAAGUGUCCAGCUAAGGUCAUGUGACCACUGUGGACACGGCUGGGUGGCUCACGCCCUCGAUAAGCUCCAGGCCCAUCCUCCGUCCCGUUGCGGCCCAGUGGAGGUGGCCCUUCCUGGGCUGGUGUUCGACCUGAGCUCCCUGGUCCUGUACGGAGCUCAGGCCGUUCCCGUCCGGCUGAAGAUAUUACUGGACCGCCUCUACAGCGUCCUGACCCCAGAGCAGGUCGGCCACAUACUGCACGCCCUGAACUGGAGCCUGGGGGACUAUGUUAGAGGGUACAUGCUGCAGUAUCCCAGAGGAAAGGUGUUGGACCACUGGUUCAUGGCGACUCCUGAAGAAGAGCUGCUCAUCCUCCAACAGUUCCUUCGCUUCGGCGAGACACGCCCCAUAGUCGAGUUGAUGACCAUUCAGUGCAUGGAGGCUGUCAAUCACAUCUCCGAUCCAGAGCUAAAACUCACCUUAAAGAGCUUCCAAUCAAACAUCAACACCAAUAUGGGAACUCUGACGAUGUUAAGGAACUCAAGAGACUCACAAUUCAUAGCUGGUGUCAGACUUGUGGAGAAAAACAUUCCUGUUGAGCAACUCGACACUCUGCAACAUUUUGAAAGCUUCCCAGGUGGACUCUCUUUACUUCUGCCUUUCCACUUUCCAAGCUCUGCCUUCCAGUGUUUGGUUCCCCCCACCAAGGAGCUUGUUCUUCCCACUAAGCUAACACAGAGCCUCCGACAGCCCGGGGGGGCAAAACUGACUGAGAGAAAGAGGAAUGAAGGAGGAAGACGAGAAGGAGAGUCUGAUCUGAACUUCCAUCACUCUGAAGAUGAACAGGUGUUAAAAGUUAAAACAGAUCCUGAUAAGCCAAACCCUCCCAGGUCCGACCACAACUGCAUGGUCUACAACAGCCCGAAGCCUGAUCUUUGCAGGGGAACUACCUCUUCAUCCUUAAACUUCUCACCAGUCCCUUCUUCAACUUCACUCUAUUCAUCCAACUCCUCACUUUCCUCCUCGCUUCUGAACAUUUCCAAGAAGUUGCAAGAGGUCGGAAGGGGAGGGUCUGCUGUGGUGUUUGUGGCAAAAGCUUCUACGAUAAAGUCCAAUUCAAGUUCUACCAUUCUUAUUGUUGUGGAGUUCCCCAAGGGCUACAUCAAGAUCCCCUUCUUGUGUCACUGA